AAACAAGUGCUGACCCUGGUCUCUCCCCAGGAACUGUUGGCUGUGAUACCACUCCUGCUGAGCGCAGUGUGGGCGGAGGCGCCCGCUCCCUACCCUCCCAGCGGGUUCAGACCUGCUGGUCCGGCUUUUGAGCUCCCUCAAAAGAACAUCCAGAAACAACAGCAAGAGUACCUACCACCAGUGGAACCCAGAAGGCCCCAACCCCCAAGCACUUCCUACGGCAUCCCCGAAGAAGAUGUCUCAGUCCAGGGCCUGCCUACCUUGGAACAGCAGCCAAUCUUCCAGGUAUCCCCGAUCAAUGGUCAGGAGUAUGUUGGACAGAACUUCAACACCGAUAUUAGGAACUUAGACGACAGUUACAAGCAAGCGCAGUACCAAUACCAGCAAGAACAAUACCGCGAAUACGAAAGACAGAGACAGCUAGAAGCAGCUCAAGCAAGGAAUCGGGCUAAUCAGUUCACUACUCCUCAAGUCCCCAGACAAUUCGCUACAGAAAGUUCUACCAGCACCACUGAACCGACCUCUACUGAAUCUACCACUGAACUUGAUCUCAAUGAGGGAGAAACUCUAGAUGACAAGAAAGCCGAUGACAAAAAAGAAAAGGUCUCGGUUGAAGUAACAAAGCAGAAGAUUCAAGAAUACCCAGGAGAACUGUUCCUUAGUUCGUUAGCUCAGUUGCAACUUCAGCCCCAGUUUGUUCCUUUCCAACAAUUCAGUCAGAUCAGAGCACCUUUAUACUACCAGCCAAUUGAGCAGGAGCCUUCCCAAAAGCAAGUGGCUGGGUAUGACGCGCAAACCCAUUUUGCUGCUCUCCCGUCAGUUUUAGCUCAACAACAAUAUUUGCAGGGAAUCCAAAGCCAAGGCUUCGCUGCACAGAACCCUGCACUGUUAGUCGCAAGUCAACAGGAGCCAGCUAACAUUGGUUUUAUUCCUCAAAACCCUCAACCGUUCAUCAAUAACCACUACCAGCCAAUCGUCGCUCAGAAUCCCCAAAGCUUCUCUCAAGGUCAACCUGUUGUGGUACAGCCACAGAAUAUUAACCAGGAUCAGUAUAAUCAGCCCAAACAAGAAGCUGAAGAAGAUGAUGAGCAGAAUACCCAACAGCAACCUCAAUUUGUUUACCAACAAAGUUAUCAACCGCAAGAAGUGGUCUACCAACCCCCUCAAGCACAACCCCAGGAACAGCAGAAUGUAUUCCUACCCCAGGCUCAACUAGUAAAUUAUCCAAACCCUCUUGUUCAGUAUCAAAAUCCUCAGCAAAUAGCUCAACCUCAGAACAGUUAUGCUCAACCCCAGUUUGUUAAUCCUCAGCAAUACCAAAACGGCUACGUCCAACAGCAGUUUGUGGACCAAAACCAAUUCCAGAAUGGUCAGCAGCAAGUGCAGAUUCCCCAGCAAGCUUACCAAAACCCACAGCAAUUCCAGAACGAUCAGCAACAAGCGCAAAUACCUCAGCAAGUGUACGUAGAUCCGCAGCAAUACCAAAACACUCAACAAGGUCAAAUACCCCAGCAAAUGUAUUUGGCUCCACAACAAUUCCAAAAUCCUCAACAGCAGAUACCUCAGCAAGUGUACCAGGGUCAGCAAUUCAUGAUUGGUCAGCAGCAGCAAAUACCUCAGUUCCAAGGACAGGACUCCCUGCAAAGUGGUCUUGACAUCAACCAGCAAGGCAAUGAUGUAAACCAGAAUGACAAAGAGGACUCUGAUGAUGAAAACAACGAGGAUGAUGGUGCCACAUCAGUAGCAGUGGCUACGGCAUUUGGUGCAAGGACCCAGCCUCGCAUGUUCACGAGGUACGGAGCACCAGUGCCAGUGCCGAGUCAGUCUGCCGACCCUCAAGCCCCCNUGAUAAUCCAAGCCCUUCUGUCCAGGACCCAGCCUCGCAUGUUCACGAGGUACGGAGCACCAGUGCCAGUGCCGAGUCAGUCUGCCGACCCUCAAGCCCCCACCGACGCAGAGGAGCAAUCCGAAGACAAUGGUUCCGUCGCAGUGGCUAACGCGUUUUCCUCUGGCAGAAGAAAAAGUGCUAAAUUGAGAGACAACUUCUUAUUCCUUAAAUGUUUGUUCCCAGCCGUUCAGAACGAGAGAGACAGAAUCAACUGCAGAAGGCCGUCGUACGAAGAACCAACGCAAGCCAACGGGCUGUCCGUCGUGUCGCUGCUCAACGCGGAACUUCUCAGCAGAAAGGUCAUAGAUGAGACGAUAAACGUAUCUGACGCGGAACUCAGCAACCGAAAGCUAGCGAAGAUCAAUGACGUGUGCGACUCCAUCAAGCAGCAGCUACUGAUCCUGGUCGAGUGGGCCAAGUACAUCCCUGCCUUUACGGAGCUGCAUCUAGAUGACCAGGUGGCGUUGCUUCGCGCGCACGCGGGCGAGCACCUGCUGCUAGGCUGCGCGCGGCGCUCGCUGCACCUCAGCGACGUGCUGCUGCUCAGCAACAACUGCAUCAUCGCCAAGCACAACAUCGACGGGCGAAUGGACAUCGACAUCAGCAUGAUCGGCAUGCGCGUGAUGGACGAAAUCGUGAAGCCUCUGCGCGAAAUCGACAUCGACGACACAGAGUUCGCGUGUCUCAAGGCCAUCAUAUUCUUUGACCCCAACGCCAAAGGCCUGUCCCAGCCGCAAAAGAUCAAACAACUCCGCUACCAAGUCCAAAUCAACCUGGAGGACUACAUCAGCGACCGGCAGUACGACGGCCGCGGCCGCUUCGGCGAGCUGCUGCUGUGUCUGCCGCCGCUUCAGAGCAUCACGUGGCAGAUGAUCGAGCAGAUACAGUUUGCCAAGCUGUUUGGAGUCGCGCACGUCGAUAGUCUGCUGCAGGAGAUGCUACUAGGAGGUGCAUCAACAGACACAGCCAUGGAGAGCAUGGAGGAAGCAGCGGCUCCGAGCGCGUCACCCUUGGGUGCGUCGCCGCCACUAGUACCGCAUGUGCCGCUACCCGAAGGCUUCCUCGAGCCCGCGCCCUUCAAGCAAGAGCCCAACAUGAGUCCAGAGCCAACAUCAUUGAGGACCUCAGAUAUCACACUAUUAUAAUGUAAGACAAUCGAUUCAGAUAACAUUGUUCGUCUUCAUUGCAAAAACAAUGCUGCUACCUUGAAAUUAGGUAUAAAUUAAAUAGUCAAAAUUUGUCAUAGCAGUGAUAUUUUGUUACCCUAUUUAUAUGUAAUGAAACAUGCGUUUGAAGACCUUAACUUUGUAUUUGCAACAUUUUAUAGCUUUUAGUAGGAUUAACCAGAAGGUGCCCGUUAUUUUAAGAUAAAUUUAAUAUAGGUGUAGGUGUUUACUACUUUGCCAAGAGACAAAAUUAUUUAUAGAAUGUUUACAUUAAAUUGUAUUAGAUGAUAGACUUACCCGUAAAGUGCAAUUAAUUAUGUAGGCUGUGUAACGUAAUAUUUUCUUAUCAAUAUCUAUAGCCCUGAUGGGUUAAUUGGUGUUUUGUAAUAUUUUUCAUUUUUAUAAAGUACUUUUUGAGUUUGUUUUUAAUCUGGACAGGUUUAAUUAUGUUGUUUGUAAUAUUGUAAACAGGGAAUGGAUAUUUAUAAAUAUAUUGUUGUAUAGAUGUUGAUCAUAACCCGUUAUCACAGCUAACGUAUAUUACGAUAAUUAUACAUACAUGAUUGUAGACUGUAUCUACAUAUUGUAGAAUUUUAUACUUAGGAAUUUAUUAUAUUAUAUACACGGUAGAGUCAAUAUUUACGAAGUUGUUUAUAUGAAAUGCUCAAUGUAAGUUCCCUUGCCAGUUAUUUGGUAUUUUAAAAAUUAAAUCGAGGUGAAAGUUUAUUACAUUAGACUACUAGUAUGAUUUUUGAUUGGUUUGAGAAGUUGUAUAUUAUUUUAAUGUAUAAUUAGUAAGUGCCUUAUAUCCUACAGGUCGUAGGUUGGUGUAUUGUUGAUGUACAUACAAUGUUACGAUUUUUAGUAGAAUAUAUUUUAAUAAAUAAUCUGUUACCAAAA